AGAAGAAGACGGAACGUUCGAGAGUCUGUGCUUGAGAGGAGGGGACCGGACUUGUAUUGGAGGCAGAAGCCAGAGAAAAGGUCAAUGGACGGGCAAACGGCGUGGCACGUCCCGGAGAAUUCCCUGCCGCUCGUGGCUCUCUCUCGGACCCAUGCUGCCCUCAUGAUGCCCGCUGUCACCUUCGACGGGAAUCUCCCGCCCGGCAUGGAAUCAUGGCUCGAUAACGAACGUUUCCUUCCGCUGGGCUGCAACGACCGCGGGAUAAUGAGUCUCGUGUCACGCUGAUUGCCGCUCGGGCGAAAAACACAAUUGUACACCCACCCAUCCGCCAGUUCACAGCCCACGUCCUUGACUCAUGGCUAGCCGUGACUGCCGGUGAGCAGAAGUCAAGGGCGAGUGAGAAUGUGAACGAGGGAGUUCAGGAUAAGCGGCGGCCAGCGACGAUCGACGAGCGACGUGGGACGAGCUCUCGGGAGAGCAAGCGUCGCACCAUCGGAAGCGUCGCACCAUCGGAAGCGUCGCACCAUCGGAAGCGUCGCACCAUCGGAAGCGUCGCACCAUUGGAAGCGUCGCACCAUCGGAAGCAUCGCACCAUCAGAAGCGUCGCAGCAUCGGAAGCGUCGCACCAUCGCAAGCCCAGCGCCGGCAAGAUGAGCGGCAAAUGGACCACGCUGAGUCCCGCGGAGUUCUCGUUGCUGCAGAAAUGCACCCAAUACUCCAACAAGAAGCUGAAGGAUGUCCUGGAGGAAUUUCAAGGGGAGGGAGUGCUGGCGAAGUACAACCCAGAGCAGAAACCAGACGUUCUAAAUCAGCCCAUCGACCUGGAGGGAUUCCGUCUCUUCAUGAGGACGUACCUGGAGACGGACAUCCCUGAGGACCUGUGCCGCCACCUCUUCAUGUCGUUCCAGAAGAAGUCGAGCCAGGCCAGCCCCGCCUCGCAGCUCCACCGAGCCACUUCGCUCUUCAGCUCCACGGAGAUGCGAACGAUCGACAGCGGCAUCACAGCUCACACGGCUGUGGCCUGUGCUCCGGUGACGGGCCUGAACGGCAAGAGCAUCAUCCAGGCGAUGAGGCAGUCGGAGAAGCGGAGCCCUCUCGUGUUCCACGGCGAGACGCAAGGGGCCCAGGGCACGGACGGCGCGGCGCGGCUCGGCCAGUCCGACCAGCUCUCCCUGCAGGCCGUCGCCUCUUCAACGCCCACCUCGUCCAGAUCAUCCUCGCAGCGCUCCACGGGCACGCCGGGCCUCAACAAGUCCCGCGGCUCCUCCAAGCUGCCCCAGUCGCUCCUGCCGCCGAAAUCUCCAGCCAUGCGCGAGCGCAAGCUGGGGCUGAACCUGCUGAAGGGAAGCCCCGGGCGAUCUCGCUCCGUGUCGCUCACGCAGCCCGCGCUGCCCCAGGUGGUCUUCCUCAAGGACAUCGUGUGCUACCUCUCGCUGCUCGAGGGGGGCCGGCCCGAGGACAAGCUGGAGUUCAUGUUCCGCCUGUACGACACCGACGGAAACGGACUCCUGGACCACUCGGAGCUGGAUCGCAUCAUCACGCAGAUGAUGCACGUCGCCGAGUACCUGGAGUGGGACGUGACGGAGCUCAAGCCGAUUCUGCAGGAGAUGAUGGAGGAGAUCGACUACGACCAGGACGGAACCGUGUCGCUGGACGAGUGGAUCCGGGGAGGGCUCACCACGAUUCCGCUGCUGGUGCUGCUCGGCCUGGAGACGAACGUGAAAGACGACGGGCAGCACGUGUGGAGGCUGAAGCACUUCAACAAGCCAGCGUACUGCAACCUGUGCCUCAACAUGCUGGUGGGGCUCGGCAAACAAGGCCUGUGCUGCUCCUUCUGCAAGUACACGGUGCACGAGCGCUGUGUGGCACGGGCGCCCCUCUCCUGCAUCACCACCUAUGUCAAGUCCAAGAAGGAUGCCAACAAAGUGAUGCACCACUUCUGGGUGGAGGGGAACUGCCACACCAAGUGCCACAAGUGCCACAAGGCCAUCAAGUGCUACCAGGGCCUCACCGGACUGCACUGUGCUUGGUGCCAGAUCACCCUGCACAACAAAUGUGCCUCGCACGUGAAGCCGGAGUGCGACUGUGGGCCCCUCAAGGAUCACGUGCUGCCCCCCAGCUCCAUCUGCCCCAUCGUACUCGACAGGAAGGCCACGCUGCAGAAGUCGGAGAGCAGCUCCCCGACCCAGCAGCGGCGGACGAGUGAGAGAAGCAGCAUGCGGCGCGAGAAUUCAGUGACGCUGGAGGGACAGGGCCUGCAGAUCACGCCUGUGCUCGGGACUCAUCCACUCCUGGUGUUCGGGAAUCCCAAGAGUGGCGGGAAGCAAGGCGACAGGAUAUUGAGAAAAAUUCAAUAUCUCCUGAACCCAAGGCAAGUGUAUAACCUCGCCAAAGGGGGACCCAUGCCAGGGCUGAGCUUUUUCCGGGAUGUGCCGGAUUUUCGAGUCUUGGCUUGCGGCGGUGAUGGCACCGUUGGAUGGGUCCUCGACUGCAUAGACAAGGCUGGCCUGACCAGACACCCGCCCGUGGCCGUACUGCCCCUAGGCACAGGAAAUGACUUGGCCCGCUGCCUGAGAUGGGGAGGAGGCUACGAAGGUGGCAGUUUGAUGAAGGUGAUGAAGGACAUUGAGAACAGCUCCGUCGUGAUGCUUGACCGCUGGUGGUUCGACGUGACUCCGCACACCUCGGAGGAGAAGGGUGACCCGGUGCCCUACUCCAUCAUCAAUAACUACUUCUCCAUGGGAGUGGACGCGUCCAUCGCACACCGGUUCCAUCUGAUGCGUGAGAAGCACCCGGAGAGGUUUAACAGCCGCAUGAAGAACAAGCUGUGGUACUUUGAGUUCGGCACCUCGGAGACGUUCUCGGCCACCUGCAAGAAGCUGCACGAGUGCAUCGAGAUCGAGUGCGACGGGAUGCUCCUGGACCUGAGCAACACCUCCCUGGAGGGGGUCGCGCUGCUCAACAUUCCCAGCAUGCACGGUGGCUCCAACCUGUGGGGCGAGAGCCGCCGCCGGCGCAACUACAGGCGGCAGAGCAAGAAGCGGCCGCCUGAGCGCGCGAUGACCACCGUCACCGAUCCCAAGGAGCUCAAGUACUGCGUGCAGGAUCUGGGCGACCAGCUGUUGGAGGUGGUGGGGUUGGAGGGCGCAAUGGAGAUGGGCCAAAUCUACACUGGGCUGAAGAGUGCCGGGAAGAGAAUGGCUCAGUGCUCCUCUGUGACCAUCCGGACGACCAAACUGCUGCCCAUGCAGAUCGACGGAGAGCCCUGGAUGCAGCCGCCCUGCACCAUCAAAGUGACACACAAGAACCAGGCGCCCAUGCUCAUGGGGCCACAGCCAAAAUCCAGCCUCUUCUCGGCGUUUUUCCGCAGCGGGCACCACUAGGAGCGAGGAGAGGAGAGCUGGGGAGGCACGACGAGGGAAUUCCGUCAGAGCCCAGGGAAGGUGGUGGGGGGGGAGAACGCAGCAUUUGCCGGUCGGUCGUGCUUAUUCAGUUGUUGCGGGGUUUUUUUCCACUCGGGUUGUUCAUUUACGGCGGGCGGGCGAAAGAUGGAAAAGGAAAAAAGGCAGACCGAACGCCAAAAAAAAACUCGGAUGUGAGAAGUUUUUUUUGUGUGGAUUUUCACCAGAGCCACCAUGUGUUGUGUGCAUUUGCCCAGAGUUAGCCAAAUCAUGGGGUCCACGAGGGUCGAUCUCUCAACUUUUUGAGCAUGGCCUGGUCCGUGAGCGCAGUACGUCCGUUUGGGAAAGGUACCAUGCAAAUAUUAGGGAUGCUUUUUGGACUGUAUAAUUAUUGUUUGACAACGAUACAGAUAAAUUAUGACUUAUUGCAUAUUUUGUAGGGAAACGUUUUUACACAAGGUUUACAGCACAACAUUUGUACAUUGCAUCAUUACGGUCAUUAGGUCCCAGGCGAUUACGUGAUUUUGUAUUUGCGAAGGUUGUUAUUAUAUAGUCCACCUGGCAGACCUUUCAAUUUUCACAAUCAUCUACCGCGUAUCAUUUUUCAGGUAAAACCACUUAAUACACUCCUUGUAAAUAGUGUAUCGUGUACAAUUGGAUUUAAAUGGCAUAUCGACUUUUUACCUUGUUCGAGUUUACCGUGUGGCUGUUAGCCACACUGUUAGCAGUGUUUAAGCAGUGGCAAUGUUUGCGCUAAGCAUUUCAAGUCCCGUGGUCAUCUGAUGCUGUGUUCAAACAAGGAGAACACCUCGUGCGUGCGUGCGUGCGGACCCAAUUGUGCAUGAGGCACCGCGGGGUCAUUUCACCGCGGGGUCAUUUCACCGCAGAGCCUCAUCCAACUGCAUCGAGAAGUUUCUCCCAGUGCCCACGGGAAACUGGAAAACAUCCAGAUCCUUCUGACCAACUGAAAAAAUAUAUAUAUGUUAACUGCAGCGAAUAAAACACUCGGCUCUAGGCAGACCUUAUUUCAUUAUAAAUUUACAGCUGCACACCACUACGACUAAGUAGGAUGUCACGGUGGUGAUGCAUAGCUCUCCGAUGUGUUUUCAGGUUGUACCGCAAGUUAUCCUGCAUGAUGUCUGACAUUUCACUCUACGUGCUGGGUGCUUCUUCGUGCCAAACAACAGGCGGUACAACCCAAUAACACGUCUACAGCCCCUUUAUCCAUCCACUUGCGGAUGAACGCCUCCCCGUGACAAGCCGUUCACGGGAGUUGCUCGACCAUACUUCACCACACUGGUCAGUGUGGGUUUGCGAAAGGUAUCCCUGAACUGGUUCAGAUACCACCCGCCGCUGAUUUAGUCGUAGCUGGAAACCAAACGCAGGUUUCCUGGGUUCGUAGUGCGGCGCGAUCAUCAAUUUGCCACCGCUUCGCCUAUAUUAGUUCAGUAAACGUUAACAUUUUAUAAAGAUUUCGCCAAUAUUAACUUUCAUUAAGGUUCCAGCCAACUGAGGUGUAGAUGCCCAAUGCACCUACAGAGCCUUGCGCGCUGUUAGGUGUGCGGCGCUGUGAGCUUGCAGGGUCCUAUGCUAUGGUUGCGCAUGGUAGCGUUACGUCUCGGAGCUGAAUGCCAAUACCGAGGUCUGCUAGCCAAGACGAGGGGGGGGGGGGGGGGCUUCGAGAAGAGAGUUUCGUGUAGUUCGCUUGGAAUUGCGCCGCGCCGAUUGUUUAAGAGUGCAGGCUAAAUUACUGUCGUCGCAAGUCGUGCAGCGAGGUUCGCUUGCGAAUAGAAGAAAAUUCUGGGUGUGAGCAGCAGUAUUUGUUGCUUGAAGCUACUUGGAGUUCAGCAAACGGUGCCGAUAAUGCACAGCUACGUUUUGAUGUCUUACUAGAGGGAAAAUAAAUUGUGUGCCUGGUUCGACAAAAACGUUAGAGUGACUUAUUUAUUUAUCUAUCUAUAUAUUUAUUUGUAUGUAUAUUGGACAAUUGUGACUUUUUAAACGCUGCUGUAUGCAUGCAAAUUCUAUUUACGAAUACUUAUAAAACUGUACAAUAACUUGAUGUAAUUAGAGUACAUUAUGGAGUUUAAAAAAGGGUAAUUAAUUCUUGAAAAAUAUAUAUUAAAUGUAAAUACACAUUGAAGAGGCAGUGUGACAAAAUCAAAAAGCCAGAAAUGUUACUGAGGUGCUGUUUACUAGGACGGUAACAAUAUUUGACUCGUGUUGUUAAACAUUCAUCAAUUUUAUAACAUUCUAAAUUGGUACUUAAUCAUUUCAAUGCAACAUUUGUAGGCUUAAAGAAACAUUUGAAUUGAUCAAAUAUCCCUUCAAGGACAACAAUUUCCAUUGCAAAUUAUAAAACUUGGUCAACUUGACUUAAUGUACUUUGAAUAGUAUCCCACUCAGCCAUGGCCAAAAGAUGUGACUGGUCCUAUAAUUGCUUACACACAGGACCAGGAUGUUUAGGGCCAGAGAGCCAUUAUGAACGAUGUGCUGCCUAGUUGACAAAAACAUACUGCAUACUGAAUUAUGCCUCAAAACUUAAAUUGCUUUCCCAAUGAAGCAAAUGCAGGACAUUAAAUCACAUUGUCAUUUUUUUUUACAUUAAUUGAUUAACCUACCUUUUGGCUAGCAGGCCUUCAAAGCCAUUAUAGCCACUAAAUUGAAUAGAGAACCGACUUUUGUUGUUCCAUCUGGUAUGUAAGAUAAUGGUAAUCGGUUGUAGGGGUUUCUCAAGCACUGUACAAUCUAAAACCUCUACUACACAGGAUGCAGACUUUGUUGCUUUGACACGCACACAUGGAUUGUAUAGUAUUCACUUUCUUGUGCACCGUUGCAAUUUUUACCUGCCAUAAAUUUGUGUGGAUUGAAUGAAUCUACAAACCAAUUUUUUUCCCUUCCAAAACCACAUUCAAUAUUGCAUGCACAAGUACGUGCACCACUUUGUUCUGUACAUUGUAUUGAACACGCAUGCUGGUAAAUUUUCUGCGUCCGCACUUUUUGACACGGUGUGUUGUUGGUGCUAGCAGCAGCGCCGUUUAGUCAGUGUCCUUUAUAUAUUGACGUGGCCCCGUAAAUUGUGUGGUUGGAAAAAAAAACGUGAUUUGUACAACCUGACGAGCCCGAUGCAAGAUUUAUACAGACGUUUACAAAAUACACUUCUUUUAUGCGCCACUGUCGUAGCACCUAGAGACUACUUCUCGACUAUUUGUUAGUUCAUGGUAUUUUUCUAUUUCUUUCUUUUCAUGCCAUGGUAUCACAUUUUAAACUUAGUGAAAGGGGGGGGGGGGUUACUUAACAGCAGCAACGGCAGGUUUUGACUUUGUAUAAUUGUAACUGUUCAGUGGUAAAGCCAGGAAAAAAAAAGAACAAUUACCAAAACACGAAACAUUAUGCAUUUAUUUCAUUAACUUUAUGUGCAUUAUGAAGGCCACAAAGAUUGUACAAUUAUUUUAUAAUUUUAGACUUGCAAAGACUUUUAUUUUUUAACACACACACACACACGUCACAAACGUGUCACACACUUGGUGUCUGACUUGAGCUUCACAGCUCCGAUGGUCCAGCAGCAUCAUCAGCAGCCUGCGGUGUGCCCCCUCUCACCUCCCGGUCAUCAUUCAAGAGGCUCAGUCCGGGACCGUGCACGCCUGAUCGUGUGUUUAUUGCAGGUCGGCUAAUGCCAUCACGCUCUCUCUCGUGUGGGAAGUCGUUCUUUUUUUGGUUUCCCCGUGCUGUUUGCUUAUCGUGAGCGCGGUGCGCGAGUCCUAUCAUUUGCGUGUUAUACUACGUACAGUAUUACCGUUUGACAUGUUUGUGAGCAGAACUUCGCUUUGCUAAGAAAUAAAUGGGCACCAGAUGAAACCACU